AUAUAUUUUGUCAUCUUUGAGCGUAUGAAGCCAGAACUUUGGGGGUGACAAUUCAGAAUUCGCCGUUGACUCCUUUUUGUCCACUGCCGAACACAGUAUAAUAAUUUGUUUCUGCCCUGACGUUAACUGUUCUCUUCCCAAAGUUUCGUUUCGUUCCGCCAUUACAGUCACUGCCAUUGACCACUGCUGCUUCGAUUUGAAAAGAUAACGUGCGUUUCUGCUGGAUGGUAAAGAUGCAGACCAACAAUGUUGUCAGAGUGAAGUUCAAAGACAGCAAGAGAUAUAUUUUUUCUUCAAAACCUUUUACAUUUCAAUCAUUUUUGGAAUGUGUUGCCAAGAAAUUUGAUCUUCCUUCAAUGGAUGUGAAAGUCUUUGAUGACUCGAAGACAGAAGUUGAUAAGGAAGCAUUCGUAUAUCUGCUGACACGACCAGAUCUUGGUGUCUUAGAAAUUGUCAUCCCAGGCACAGCAAACAUUGAUGAUUCUUUAAGCUCAAGCUCAUUAGGAGAUGAAGGUACGUCAGAGUCUGAUGACACUGCAAUGUUGAUUACAAACCCUCCUGAAAAAAAUCAAGCUGAGGAACGUCGUCUUGCCAAGAUGAUUGAAGAUAUCCUAAAGACCAGCCCUGGAGGUGAAAAGAUUAUAAACAAAUAUGCCCGCACCAAAGGUCUGUCCGAUUCCCGAAGACGUGACAUGGUGAAAAUUUUGGUAGCACAUUUAACAAAUGAACAUGGAACAAGCCUUUCCCGACGUUUGAAGGAAGAAUAUGCGAAAGGAAUCAUUUCCCUCUUCCCAUGCUUGGCUGACCCCAGGAGCAAGCUUGGAUAUGAGCAUUAUUACAAUGCAGAAGAUGGAAGUGGAUAUUUGGCGUGGAGAAUUAAAACUCUGCAGAAAGAAGCAUCAGAGGGACGGAUGAAGCAUCCACGACAACCACAAACAGGUGGGCCAACUGCUGACAGACAUCCCUACAAAGAAGACUGCUGUUUGACUGAAGACCAUCAUUGUCAGGAAGCAAUAGCCCUGAUGAAGCAUACAGCUGAUGAGGCAGUGGUAAAGGAAGUCCGUUCCUUCUAUGGUACUUACUUUAAUUAUCUUUGGCAGAUUGAUCAAGAUUUUGGACUUCUGUUUGGUGAUGCGACCUCUGCAAAGUUGUUGGAGAAGUGGUCUACCCACAUAAAACCAAAGGUUAUUGCACAGAGCCGUGGCCUCACACAGACUAGUGAGCUCCAAGACCUCAUCCAAAAUGCUGAAGCCACUGAAGUUGAAGAAGGGUGGGACAGCGACAUGUCUUCCAUUCUGAUGCUGGUUCACCUUUUGCCACCCUCAAGUCAAGGCCGCAAGAGACCGGCAAAGAUCUCAGCCAAACAAGCAUCUGAUCGUCUUGUGAAAUUCAUCAAGACCGAUAACAGCAUCCAAGGGCACUUGGAUAGCAUUGGAGAGAGGCUCCAGCCGUAUCUACUCGCUGUUGGGCCGAACAAAAGUAGGAUCCAUUUUUGGUUUAUUGUGAUUGACCAACAUGCUGUACCCUGUAAGGCUUCUAAUUCAUUGGCCUGUGUUGAUGAGCUUUUUAAAGCUCACUUUGUCUUUGGGACUUCAUACUGUCAGGAAUUGACCAAUGUGUAUAGCUUUCUGCAAACCACAGUCUAUGAUAUAGAUGUUGAAACCACCAAGGAGAAUCCCAAAGUAGCUGAGUUGAGAGCUAGAAUCCUCCAGUGAGCAGAUGAUUUGUUUCAUUUGUAAAAAGGGGCAUGCUAAUGCCAAUGCCCUUAUAAGGCACUUCAAGUUAGUUCAUGGCCUUUGUCCAGGAAAAAGUCUCAAGUUAAAAUGUGCUCAAAGAGGUUGUUUUCACAUUUUUACCAUAGUUUUUCUGGAUUAAGAAAGCAUCUCAAUAAGUGUUGUGCAAUUGACCGUUCACGCAUUGAUUCUGGUGAAAGCUCAUCCACCGCCAACUCCAUUUCAUUAGAUGAUGUAGGUGUUUUAUCAAACCAAAAUCCGCCUUGUGAGUCUGCAUUCUUAAAAACAAAUAUAGUAAACAGUUGUGCAACAGUGGUGGCUUAACUUAAAGUUGCUGGUGUCACAGAGACAACUAUUAACUAUUUUGUUGGUGCUCUAGAAGAAGUUAUUGGAGAUAUUCAUAGUGAAACUCAAGAAUCAGUGAAAAACAGCCUAUCCUUAGAGGAGCCCAUAAAAAGUGUUGUUGAAUCUCAAAUUGAUCAGUGUUUUGAAAAAAAUACAAAAUCCUUUUGCGGCAUUAAAUACUGAGAGCAAGAGAAUGCGGUAAUUUUCAGACAAAUGGGGAAAAAUAGAUCCUGUUGAAUAUGUUCUUGGAACAAGAUUUGCAACGCGGCGUAACAGAACAACUGGAACUUUUGCCCAAACCAUUUUCUAAGGAUAAAUUUGUAUAUAUACCAAUUCUUGAGACUUUACAGUCCAUUUAUAGACACCCUAGCAUUACAGAUAUGAUGGUGAGAGAUUCACAACAAAGACCAAAUUGUCUUUAUGACAUACACGAUGGAGAAUUCUUUGAAGAAUCAUGCACUCUUCUCAAAACAAAGACAUGCAGUUCAGAUCCAGCUUUUUUUUUAUGAAUUUGAAUGCUCAAACCCCCUUGGAUCAAAACGAGGAAUACAUAAGUUAGGAGCUAUCUAUUUUACCCUUAGAAAUAUUUCUUCUAAAUACAAUUCGAGUUUACUAAAUAUAUAUUUAGUCACUUUAUUUCAUGCACAAGAUAUCAAAAACCUAUAGGUUUGAUAAAAUACUAGAGCCGCUUGUCCAGGAUAUCUCAACACUUUAAACCAUUGGAAUUCAGAUUCCUUUAUUUGAUCAGACAGUUUAUGGAACCAUUGUCCAGGUUACUGGUGACAACCUUGGUGUCCAUUCCUUGUUUGGUUUUGUGGAAUCAUUUAGUGCUAGGUACUGUUGCCGCUUUUGCCUA